UCUGAAGAUUCGCAUUUGAUCAAUAACUUCUCACCGCCGUUAACAACUUCGAGCAGGUCGUCGGUCGCCCUGGAUGCGACACCGCCACUGUCCAGUGGGGGUGGAGCUGUGUUGGUUGUCAAACAAGAUCAUACACUCAAUGGACCUCCAUCUGCCAAUUUCAAUGCCCUUGUGAAUGCCGCCGUACAGCGGCCGCUUUUUCCGUUGCCAAACCUGAAUUUUUGCCUUUUAGUGAAGAGAAGCCGUGAGCCAAAAGCAGAAUAUCCGGAAAAAGCGAAACGUCCUCGAGCCAAUCAUCGGACGAAAAGCGAAAAAGCAUUACGUGAUCUUGUCGGCCCGAUAGUAUCGGAAACGGUUUCCGAUUUUCAUCGAGAAAGAGUCGCUGAUCGAACUGUGACCACCGAUAGCCGUCGCAUGGUUACAACCAAUGCUACUCCGUCAACGUCGCAUGACAUGCCAGUUGUUUCGCAACAGCCGAUUGUCACCGGUUUGUUGUCUAUCCAAUUAGCAAACUUGUCAUUUUCAGCCCAACCUGCCGCUUCCACUCUGAUUGGCACAAGUCCAUUAGCUGCUGUUCGACCUCAAGGCAAUGUGGGACCGUCAAACUCGACCCUUCCAUCGUCAAUGGAGCAAUUGUUGGAGCGACAAUGGGAGCAAGGAUCGCAGUUUCUUAUAUCACAAGCGCAGUUCGAUGUAGCUCAGCUGCUCUCUUGUUUGCAUCAAUUGAAAUCUGAGAAUAUCCGUCUCGAAGAACAGUUGGUUCAAUUGAAUCGGCGGCGAGAACAUCUCAUUGCGCUUACCUCACGGUUAUCCGUACCGCUUGGUGGACAUUCGCAGCAGCAACAACAGCAGCAACAGGCACAAGUGCAAGCACAGCAGCAACAGCAGCAACAACAACAACAGCAAGCACAGCAACAACAGCAGCAACAAAUUCAACAACAGCAGCUUAUGCAGCAAGUGCCCUCGGUAAACCAUCAUCAGCAAGGACCAGUACCGACAAGCAUUGUUAGCCCACAUCACUCUCCGAUAGUGGUGGCAUCGACGUCCGUACCGCCGGCUGGAGUGGAAGACUCGCUGACUCAGCUGCGAUCGCUAGCCAGUGGAACUCCUCGUCCGACCGGUCGCCCACCUAGUCAAGCCUCAACCGUACCGUCUACCUCCUCGUUUGGCACGUCUCAGCAUGGUGGAGCAGGCUUCAUUCCUCACGUUCAAAGCAGGUGA